CGCUCAGUCUCCUCUAUUUCCACAGCAGAAGAAGUCACUGAGGCGCUGCAGCUGGACCGACUCUGAAUGAGAUCGCACUGAUUCCGACUUGAAAAUGAUGAAAUUUCUGCCUAAGCUGUUGCUGCUACUGCUGUUAGCCUUCCCGGUGACUAUUCUCAUCAAAGGACCGGGAGCGAGCGCCCAGGAUCUGACCGAGGAUGAGGAGGCUGAGGCUGCGGAUGAAGAUGUUGUUGACGAUGUGACGGCUGAAGAUGAGGAUGACGAGGCGGAAGUAGAAGAUGAUGAGAACACAGAACUGACGGAAGAAAAAGAUGAAGAGGAGGAGGCGUUGGUUGGGGAGGUGAAGGCUUCUCCCAACGCUGACACCACCAUCCUGUUCGUUAAAGGAGAAGACUUCCCAGCCAACAACAUCGUCAAGUUCUUGCUCGGCUUCACCAACAAAGGACCGGAGAACUUCGUUGUGGAAUCUCUGGAUGCUUCGUUCCGUUACCCACAGGAUUACCAGUUCUACAUCCAGAACUUCACAGCCCUCCAGCUCGGCACCUUGGUUCCUCCCAGCAGACAGGCAACCUUUGAGUACUCGUUCGUCCCAGCAGAACCGAUGGGAGGCCGGCCGUUCGGACUCGUCAUCAACCUGAACUACAAGGACAACAACGGAAACGUUUUCCAGGACGCCGUCUUCAACCAGACCGUCACCAUCACUGAGAGAGAAGAUGGACUCGACGGAGAAACCAUCUUCAUGUACGUCUUCCUCUCUGGCCUUGGGCUGCUCGUCGUCGUUGGACUUCACCAGCUGCUGGAGUCCAGAAAGAGGCGGCGCCCGGCUCCCAAGGUGGAAACAGGAACGUCGAGCCACAACGACGUGGAUCUGAGCUGGAUCCCUCAGGAAACGCUCAACCAGAUCAUGCAGAGUCGCCGAGACAAAGCUUCUCCAAGAAGAUCUCCUCGCAAACGGAACCAGAAACGCUCGGCCGGCUCAGACGAGUGACGGGCGCCGGAGACGACCCUUCAUCUAUCCAUCAUCCCAGGAGGAAGAGGAGGAAGACUGAGAGCUCCGUCUGAGCGCGCUCUGUCCGCUGAGGAACUUUAACUGGUGCCAAGCAGAGCCUCUGCUGGCUCCACUUUCAGCUUAGAAACUGUCGAACACACACACACACACACACACACACACACACACACACGACUUGACUGCUUUUCAUUCAAAAGGUUUUCAGAUUUUUCUAACGAGAGGAAAGUUUUCUUUAUUUUGAAGCCUUAGUGAGAAACUGCUGAAGUUCUCUUUGGAGGACGGCACUGAUUGUCUUCUUGUUGAUCACCUCUCUGGGUUUGGGCUUAUGUUUGAUUUUUAUUUUAUUUUUUUUAAGUUGUGGUUUCUGAGAAGCAGCUGAUCUGAUCUGGACUCUGUAAACCGUUUGUUUUGGACAAGAAGCAGCUGGUAAAACACUGAUUGGUUGGUUAUUCUCCGCUCCGCUCCGUUCUGAACAUAACAGAUGCAGUUUUCUUUUUGAGAUUUUGAGUUUGUGUUCUCUUCCUUCUGCAGCCUUCGUUCAGAUCUUCACUCAUGUCUGUUUAGGAAAAAGUUUUCCAGGAAUCAUAUCUCCACUGGGAAUGUUUACAGGCUAGCCACUGCUCUCCUGAUCAUCUUCAGCCUGCCAUACUUUAGUUUUAAAUUCAUAUAAAACUGAAAAAUCACCAUAAACAUGGAGGACAUUUGGAUCGGUUUGUUCUCCAUUUUGUCAAACGACCAACAAUCGUUUUUGGUUUUGUACGUCAACAGAAGCUUCCAGCUGUCUCUUUCUCAUAGAUUUCACCAAACACCUUAAUAAUGAAACGGGUUGAGCUGUAAAGAUGUUUCUGAUGAUUCUCCUGAACGUAACUCCUUGAAAGCUGCAGCCUGAUGCUGAAGCAAAGAUCUGCAGUUGAAAAGUAUUAAACCUCUAGUCUGGUGAUGUGUUCAGGUUCAUCACGUAUUCUUAAAUUUCCUGAUGCAUUCAUCUGGCCAGGCUCCUGUUUUUCAUUGUAAUGGUCCAGGUUUAAACCUGCUGAAUGGUUUUUCUGCCUUCUGCUUGGAAAUAAGUUUACUCAAUUAUUUAAUGAACUUCUCUCCGAGCUGCUGGUCUGAAAUCAGAAGGUCCACCGAGUCGUGACUCUGAAGCUCUGUUGGUUUGUGAAGAUGCUGAAGCGCUGAUUUCUGUCAAAUAAUGCGGCUAAUUUAUUCAAGCAACAGUUUGGUCUUAAAUGGGUGGGUUUUUUCUACUGUUGCUUUGACCACUAGGGGGCGAUGCUUCUCUCCUGCUGACUGUUUGAGGCUGUUUGUUGGAUUCUCUUUAUUUUACUUUGAAGAAUCGAACCAACAGCAGAGAGUGAAGCGGUGAGAAGACACCAGCAGCUCAACUGAUUCCUGUUUCCUAAACGGAUUUGAUUCAGCGAUUCAAACUUGUUCUUUAAUUUGCUUUUAAAGAUGCAGAAAAAUAAACUUUGAUUAUUUGCUGUAA